ACACUUGGUCAAAGUAGUCUCUGAACUAGAUCUCCACAGGGUAGUCACCCAUUUCUGUCAUUACAACACAUCUAGCUCGGUCUAGUUCACAAGGUUUGCUACAAUUCCUGGUCUGAAAAUUCAGAUUGAAUAUUGAAUUAUUAAUAUUCUACCAAAAUGGACGGGGAGAAUGUUGAUGAAAUGAACCCCAAUCCGCUGUCGCGAAAACUAAAGUUCUCCGGUAUUUGUAAGCUAACCGAUGAGGAACUGUCGCAUCUCUACAAGCUCGACGAGUUGACAGACGAGGAGCUGGUCUCCUUGGGCCUGGAGAGAGGCUCCCUGAUCGAUGACUAUCGUCUUCUGCACGAGGUUUCGAUGAUGAGGAAAUUGGAGAACGAAGCCGCAAAGCCCCCAAAUCCCCCAGAGCCCCCAAUGCUUGCAAGCCUCUCCGAGUGGGAGUUGCACGAACAGCUACAGCAUAUGGAUUACAUACCCAAGAAGGUAUACAAAUUUGAGUUGCUUAAUAAGUUGGUCAAGGUCAUGAGUAUCGAGAAGGAGUCUGGGACCAUCUUCAGCGAGGAGCAGUUGCGGCUCGACUUGAACUACAUUGAGCUGAACAGCUAUCUGGUUGCGCCUCAGGAACGCUUGGGUCUCCGCCUGGAGUCCUUCUACAAUUACCUGGACAACAUGUUCGUCAGCGGCGAUCGCAACAAAGCCCUCGAAUUGGUGUUGCAUGGCAUCCGCCGUUUGAACAGGCGCCACAAUUCUUAACAUUCGCAAAGAAAAGCACAACAGCUCCCGGUGCAUUAUGAUUGUAACAAAUUUCAGAUAAAUCUUCGCAUUCCCAAAGGCAGUCAAUAGUUCUAGGCACUCGAACAGCACAACCUCACUGUUCACACGUUUAAAAGUUUUAAAAUAGCUGGCUUAAAAUUCCAGUAAAGCACCAAAAUAU